AUGGGUUACAAAAUGUCACCAUUUUUAUGUUUGUUCAUCUUCUUUUCGGUGGCUUCAAGUGCAAGCAAUUCAAGUUCAAACAAUUCAAGUUCGAGCAAUUCAGAUACAAGCAAUUUGAAACAUUUUGUUUAUAAACCUGCAAACAAUUCAAGUCCGAACAAACCCCAACAAUUUGCUGGUCCACCUUCAAGCAAUUCAAAAUCAAGCGAUUCAAAUUCAACCAAUUUGAAACAUUUUGUUUAUAAACCUGCAAACAAUUCAAGUCCAAACAAAUCGAAUCAAUCUGCUGGUUCACCUCCAAGCAAUUCAAGUUCAAACAAUUCAGGAACAAUCAAAUUGCAUAAAUUUGAUGCUACGCCUUUCCUUCCACUAUUCCAUGGCGGAGUUCUUCAUAUAGGAGGCUUCAUGAAUAUAUACAAGAACAACACCCUAGAGAGAAUAAAGGAGGACCACAAGAAUGUCCCUCCAUCAUUCGAUUCCAGGACUGGUGUCACAUCCAAAGACGUCGAAAUUAUACCAGAAAAUGGAAUAACCGGUAGGCUUUACAUCCCCGUUCAAACCCCGGGAGAAAAAUUCCCUCUGGUAGUUUACGUUCACGGUGGAGGUUUUGUCACUAAAAGCGCUGCUAGUCCGGAGUACCAUAACUACGUAAACUUACUGGUGGCGAAUGCUAGUGUCGUCGCGUUGUCCGUUAAUUAUAGGCAAGCACCGGAGCACCCUCUUCCGGUGGCUUACCAAGACACAUGGUCUGCGCUUAAGUGGGUUGCUAAACACUCCAAUGGAAGUGGCACUGAGGCAUGGCUCAAUGACUAUGUUGACUUUAAGAGUGUGUACCUUGUUGGAGAUGGUGCAGGUGGUAAUAUAGCACACAAUGUGGCAAUGUGGGCCGGGCAAGAUUCGUUGGACGGUAUGAAGCUUGCGGGUAUGGUUCUAUUCAGUCCAUUGUUUUGGGGGAAAGAUAUAAUUGGUGAGCAUGAGCCCAAGGACUUCAAAAGGAGAACUAGUAUGAAGAUCUUGUGGUACGUGUCGACGGAGAUGAUUGUCGGGUUGGAUGACCCGUGGUUAAACCCGAUUAAGGAUCCGAAUUUGUCGAAACUCGGGGUCCCAAGGCUGCUGGUAUGUAUUUCUGAGAAUGAAAUGAUGAGAGAUAGGGGUGAGUAUUACACCAAGGCAUUGCGUACGAGUGGGUGGAAAGGAGAGAUGGAGCUUCAUGAGACUACAGCUGAGAGCCAUGCGUACCAAUUGACCGAACCUGAUGGUGAAAGUGCUCGGGCCCUACUCACGAAAGUGUCUUCUUUCAUAAACAAAGAACCCUGA